GCUCCGCUGGCAUUUCCUGCCACACCGCUCAACUCAACAGCUGGAUGCGGACGGACGGGCAGCUGGAUGCGUUAGUGCACCGCUAACUACAGCAACGCUGCUCCACCGCGCCUCAACCACCGCCUUUAUAUGCCUCUGCCUGCACACACCAGCGCUAACUCACACCCAGCGGCGCGCGCUCGGCUUUUAACCCGGUUUAACUCUCGAGAUCUAGCGUCCGCUGCUGUUUUAACCGCAUUGUUUAAAUCCCGCCGCCUAACCGAAACCGUGUGCGCGCGGGCGUCGCUAGCUAACGGUAACUAGCUUUAACUACUUUAUUUUGCGGUCUCGUGCUGUUUAAAACCGCUAACGCUAGUUAGCAGCUGGCAGUUGCUAGGGGUGACUGACUAGCAAAAACAUCUAGUUAGAUUAUUAGAUAACGUUUAGUCCAGUUAAGUUUAAGUUAAGAUAGUUAACUUUUUAGAAUAUAUUUGGGGAAAUAGCUUGAAAUACCCUUUUAUCCUGUUUUCUGAGUGAACGACUUGUGGCGUAAGAAAUGUAGGUUUAACGUUAGCUAACCUAACGUAGCUAGCGUUAGCUAAUAUUGACGUGAUACCCCGAAAACUACCCAGCCAGCUGGGGUCUGGACAACUGCCUAGCUAUCCAUCUAUCCCUAUGUUAGGUUAGCUACAUUGGCUAGCUAGCAAACUAACGUAGCUAACCUAAACGAUCUAACCUAUCUAAUUAGCUAAGCUAGUUAGUUAACCUAGUUAACUAUUAACGUUAAACGUAAAAACAAACGUAAUUAUCUAGCCUAACUAGAGUUACAGAAGCUGAAAGUGUUGUGAAACUGGUGUGAAGGAGCCUGGUGUGCUCUGGGAUGGAGUCAUUUGGAUACAGCUAUAGUUAGCUAGCUAAGCUAGCCUGCUAGCUUCAUUUCUGACUGCAAGGGGCGAAGUUACAACAUCAACAUCAUCGACGGUAGAGAAAAGACUGUCAGGCUGGCAGGCGGGAUGAAGGAAGAGAACUUGUUCCGUAGGCGCUUCUCAUUGUGUCCAACAGCUACCUCUCCGCCUAAGAUUGACCCGCGCCUGCUCACUCGUAACCUGUCUUACGGAGGGGACAAUGAGCUGUACCCGCUCAGCCCAGGUGAGUCGGAGAGGAACGGAUUGCCCCUGCUGAAAGAUGAAGUCAGCCCAGCCCAGUCUCCUGGCAGUGCUUCAGAAUCAAAGAUGUUCAUAGGUCUGGACAAGGACAGCUCCUCGCCCACUGAAAAGCUGGCCAGGAAGGAGUCUCUAAAGGUUCAGAAAAAGAACUAUCGUCAGGAGAAGAAGAGGGCAGCCAAAGAGUUAUUCAGCGCUCUCAAGGAUCCCAGUGUGGUCAUAAUGUCAAACUGGUUAAAGAUCCGGGGAACGUUAAAGAGUUGGACAAAGCUAUGGUGUGCACUAAGGCCUGGGGUCCUCCUGAUCUAUAAAACUCAGAGCUCAGAGCACUGGGUGGGCACAAUCCUUCUUAACGCCUGCAAGCUGAUUGAAAGGCCUUCAAAGAAAGAUGGCUUUUGCUUUAAACUCUACCACCCAUUAGAUAAAUCCAUCUGGGCCAUGAAGGGUCCUAAAGGAGAGACAGUUGGCUCUAUCACACAGCCUCUUCCUAGUAAUUACCUGAUCUUUAGAGCUGCAUCUGAGUCUGAUGGCCGCUGCUGGAUGGAUGCAUUGGAACUAGCCCUCAGCUGCUCUAGUCUGUAUAAGCUGACCACAAAGACCUGCAGGGAUGGAGACCUGAGCAGCUCCUCUGAAUCCUCUCAUAUACUCCAGCUACUGCAGUCCACUGCCCUCAGUGACCAUGAACUGCUACAGCUGAAUGACUCAAUGCUGGAAAAUAACCAUAUGGAGAAUGACGGCCUCUCUGACAAAUCUGAGAGAGAGGCCCAUGACGACUCAGAUAAUGCAGCCAAUGAAAACGGGGGACGAUUAACUGAAGAGAGUGAUAUGGACCAAUCAGAUGACCUUUCACCUUGCCUCCAGGCAACGUCCUACGUAGAACAGGGUCUUGAAGAGAUGGGAGAGGCUGGCGAGGCAUCUCAGGUGGAGACAGUGUCAGAAGAGAAUAAAGGGCUAAUCUGGACACUUUUGAAGCAGCUUAGGCCUGGCAUGGACCUGUCCAAAGUCGUUCUGCCCACCUUCAUUUUGGAGCCACGUUCCUUUCUGGACAAACUCUCUGACUAUUACUACCACGCCAGCUUAUUAUCCCAGGCAGUCUUAGAGGAAAGCCCAUACUGCAGGAUGAAGCAGGUCUUGCGUUGGUACCUGUCAGGCUUUUACAAGAAGCCCAAGGGGCUGAAGAAGCCAUACAACCCAAUACUUGGGGAGACAUUCCGUUGCUGUUGGCUACAUCCUCAGACUGACAGCUGUACCUUUUACUUAGCAGAGCAGGUGUCUCACCAUCCCCCUAUCUCUGCCUUCUACGUGAGCAAUAAGAAGGAUGGCUUCUGUAUUAGUGGCAGCAUCCUGGCCAAAUCCAAGUUCUAUGGGAACUCUCUGUCAGCUAUACUGGAUGGAAAAGCCAAACUAUUGUUUCUAACUCGUGAUGAGGAGUAUGUGAUUACCAUGCCCUACGCUCACUGUAAAGGAAUUCUGUAUGGUACCAUGACUCUGGAGCUUGGAGGAAAGAUCACCAUUGAGUGUGAGAAGACAAAGUACUGUGCUGAACUUGAAUUUAAAUUAAAGCCUUUCCUUGGCAGUUCGUGUAAUGUUAAUCAGGUUUCUGGAAAGAUCCGUGUGGGAGAGGACGUGUUGGCUACAGUAGAAGGACACUGGGAUGGGGAGGUGCUUAUCUAUGAAAAGAAAACUGGCCAGCAGGAGGUGCUGUGGAACCCAACACCAGAAGUUCGCAAGCAGAGGCUGAGAAGACAGGUGGUUCAAUUUGACCAGCAGGGGCUCAAGGAGUCUGAGAGGCUGUGGAAGCAGGUGACUAUUGCAAUUAACACUAAGGACCAGAACAAAGCUACUCAAGAGAAGUUUGUUUUGGAAGAGGCACAGAGGCAAGAGGCACGAGAAAGAGGAGAUCGGCCCUGGAAGCCACAUUUCUUCACUCUGAACCCCGACACCAAUGAGUGGCAGUACAAACACACAGACGCUAAGCCGUGGGACCCUGACUGCUGCCUGCUUCAAUUUGAGAAAGAUGGCAUCAUCCAGACCAAAGAGAGGCGCCGACGUCAACGCAAUGGCUUCACCUACAGUCAAAGCUGGGCCAGACAACAUAAGGGCCAGGUGAAUGGAAAGCACAGGAAGUCGAGCAGUCAGCCAUCCAGCUGUAGUCAGAACACAGAAAGCAGCAGUAGCACGCCAGAGCCCACACAUGAGUCCUCAGACAAUGAAGGUUUUGUGGGCCAGUGUGCCAGGUGCAAUAAAGAAGUGAAGGACCUUGCUCUCAUCGAAGCCUCGAUAGCAUCAAUACAGAAAACACAGCAAGACAUUCAGCGGAACCUGGGUGCCCUAAGUCGUCAGCUGACCCGACGGACAGAGGAGAGCGUGUCUCUGAGUGGCCGUCACUGCCUCGUUCUUUGCAUUCUGGUGUUCGUGCAGCUCCUCAUUAACUAUGUCUUCACUUAAGAGACCAAUCGCCUAGUUGCUUAGAGACAGACACAGCUGUCGCUUAGCAAUAAACACAGCCAAACUGCACCACCACACAGCUCCUGAAUGGCUCACUCUGAUCGUAGCUACACCAACAAGCACUAAGCACUUCAAAAACAUGAAGAGAAAAAGACUCUUUUUUUAAAUCAAAUGAAAAAAUGAAGAAAAAAAAAAGCUAUUGGAGUGAAGUGUAAAUGUUGCCAUGUCACUCUUGCUUAUGGGCGUUUUUUUUUUUUUAUAAACCUUUGCAAUACUGUUGUGUUUUUGGUCAUGUUCAGGCCCUUUGGGCAGCUAAGGUGUGUGAUUGCGUGUGAGUGUAUGAGAGAGAAUGAUUGUCUGUAUGUGUGUAUUAAUACCUUUGUUUCCCGCUCCACUUCAUGAUAAUGGGCCUUAAUGCUGACGCCAAAUAGAAGAGGGGAAAUUGAGAAGAAUAAUCAGUGGAAGGAACCCACCAGUGCAGUUGUGUGCUUUUGUCUAAACGUCUUAUCAAACUGACUACAAUUCAUCUUUAAAUAACGAUUUAACCAAAACAGUAUUUCCCAGUUAGAACAACAUCUGUUUACAUGCCUGUUUCUGCACCCUGCACACCAAGCAAAUUGAAUGCACUCUGUUGCCAAACAACACAGACUGUGUUGUUCUGGAUGAAGGAAUGAAUAAAUUUGUCAUUUGUCAGCAUGAAACUACAAUGCACAAUCAGCCAUUGGCCAGAACACGAAUCCACUAGACUGCUGUUGCUAAUGGGUUUGGCCAGUCUUUACAGGGACAUCCAGGAUCCUUAAGGACCUAAACCUUACUGGUCCCACUAUUGGCUUUGAAGUGUGGAUGAAGUGCAUGAUUAGAAAAAGGAUAAAGAAGCUUUGACUUUGAAAUGUGAACAAUUCUGUAUAUAUUUGGAACAAAAUGCCAUUUCAAAAGAAAUCAAGAAUGUAUUUAUUUGAUUUGUUCCUUUUUAUUUCAUACAGUUUAAAAAAAAAAUGCAUCACUCUCAUUCAGGUUUUCUGGGAGCAAUAUGGUCACUGUUCUUCCAUGACGUUUGGGAAACAGAGAGACUGUGGUACAGAGGCAAGCUGCUCUCUCUGCGGCCUGAAUAAUGUACAUAUACUAGAUGAGUUGUGAAGGCCACAUUGUGGUUCGAGUUUCAGCACACAGAUUUUCCACUUCCUCAUGUAAUAUUAUUAAGAUUAGUGUGCCUGUUCACCUUAAGCAUGUCUCAGAUCAUCAUACAGCUCCGUGGAAGCUCAGAGGAGUGAAUGGAGAGACAGCCGGCUAUGAAUGCUUUGUGUUCUGUAUUUUUUACACUUUACAGCACUCUGUAAAACUGUUCUAAAUGGAAAAAAUAUACCAAUGGCUCACUGAUCAUGUCAAUAGUUAAUGCAUAUUGCAGCACUACAGUAAACUUUUACAUUUUGA